UUUUGUAUGAUAAAUAAUUGAAUAGUAAAGAAUUAUUCAAAAUAAGAAAAUGAUCAAUCUAUAUAUAUAAAUUUGAUACAUAAAAUUAUUAUUAAGUUAGGUUAUAUCAUGAAUUAUUAUUCAAGAAUAUUUUUGAUAAUAAGGAAUUUACAUACUUAUUCUACAUUAUUUCGAGAAACACCACAAAAUUUAAAAGGAAAAAAGCAUAGUUCACAAUUAUGGCUUACAAGACAAAUAGAAGAUCCUUAUGUGGAAUUGGCUAAACGAGAAAAUUAUAGAUGUAGAAGUGCAUAUAAAUUGUUAGAAAUUAAUGAAAGAUUUAAGAUAUUGGAACCAGGAAAAAUUGUAAUUGAUUGUGGAGCUGCUCCUGGUAGUUGGACUCAAGUUGCUGUUAAAUUGACAAAUGCAAAUGCUAAACAAAAAAGUGCUAUUGGAACUGUUUUAGGAAUAGAUAAACAACCAAUUUAUCCUAUCGAAGGUGCAACUUUAUUAAGUGGUAUGGAUUUUAUGGCUGCAACAUCUCAAAAUAAAAUCUUAAACAUUUUAAAUGGUCGAAAAGUGAAUGUAUUUUUAUCAGAUAUGGCACCAAAUGCAUCUGGUAUAAGAGAUUUAGAUCAUGAAAAUAUAAUGAAACUUGUAUACAGUGCUUUAAAAUUUGCUUUACAAAUUAUUCAUAUAAAUGGAAUAUUUGUUUGUAAACUAUGGGAUGGUAAGAAAUCUUUACAAUUGGAGAAAGAUCUGACAAGAUUUUUUAAAUAUGUAAAAAAUAUAAGACCAAAAGCAACAAGAGAUGAGUCUACUGAGAAAUUUCUUAUUGCUCGGGAAUUCAAAGGGAUAAAAAGUACAUCCAGUAAUGCAACGUAACAUGCAAUUUCUUUAACAAUUAAGUUAUGUACAAUAAAAAAUUACAAUUACAACGUAACAUGCAGUUUCUUUAACAAUUAAGUUAUGUACAAUAAAAAAUGCUUAAUGAAUAAAA